AUGACGCCUCUCCACCCUCUCCACGACCAAGUUUCCUCCACACUGCAAACCCGCCACCAUCUUCCCGUCAACGUGCAAUGGUUGAGCUCGUCCCUCUCGUCACGAGGCCAGAAUCUAACCCCCCUCCCCGCGCUGGUGUCCACGGCCCAUUUCCGCAUUCUAGCUAGCGAUAUCACGGCGUCUCUGUUGCCUCGAAGCGCGGCGGAUGCUUUUCCCGAGAACGUCGCGGAUGUGAACAUCAAGGAACGCCGGCUCGAAGGCACUGUCAUCGUACAGGUCCUCGAUGUCAUCGAUGUUGGAAGUAGUAAGUGGAGUCAAGUCGAGGCGAUUGAGCGCAUCGAGCGCGGAGAGGAAGUGCGUGGCCGAGAGGUCAUCCGGACAGUUGAUGUAAUGACGGACGAUGAGGACGGCGAUGCAAAUACUGGCGCAGCAACUAGGCAAACAGGCACAAACCCAAACAGCACGGCGUCGCAUACCUCUACAUCUACAAACGCUCACACGAACGCGAGCAACAAAUUAAGUUCAGGACCGCACAAGCUGCUUGUUCAGGAUGCACGGGGAACCAAAGCCCUUGCGUUUGAACUCGUCAAGAUCCCGCGUCUUGCUCUAUCCAUUGCAGCAUCUGCAUCCGUUCCCGUUUCCCAGAAUCAAACACCCACACCGGCCACUUCAAGCAUGUCGGUCGACUCAGGCAUGUCCAUAGGCUGCAAACUGCUCUUGCACCCGGGGACGGUGGUUCGGAGAGGAAUGGUCAUGUUGCGGCCGGAAGAUUGCGUGGUGAUGGGUGGGAAAGUUGAGGCGUGGGAUAAAAAAUGGAAGGAAAUGCGAAAGCAGCGCUUGAUAGCACUCGUGAACGAAGAAAAUGCUACCAAUGCCUCUGAUGGUGGACAGGGACAGGAAGGAUGA